CGGACAUGCAGUUCAACGAUGACCGGUGGCACAACGUGCUCGUCAAGAGGUUCGGCAACAGAGCCGAGGUGCUGGUGGAUGGACGCUAUGGUGCACAGGGCGCGGCGCCCGGCUUCUACGAGGUGCUGAGCGUGGCCAAUGGACUGAUGUUCGUGGGUGCUGUCGUGCGGCCGGCCGGCUCGGACGGCUCGCGCGAGACGCAGCGCGGCUUCGCCGGCUGUCUGGACAACCUUCAGCUGGACGGCCACCGGCUGCCGCUGCACGCGCGCGACAGCAGCCGCUCGGCGCGGCUGCAGCAGACGGUGCGUCUGUCGGCCCGCUGCCGGGCCGAGCUGGCCGAGCCGGACGCCUGCGGCCACCAGCCCUGCCUGAACGGCGGCCGCUGCUCGGCGACCGCCGCCGCCGCCGGCGGCUUUAGCUGCGCAUGCGCAGUCCGCUUCCUCGGCGAGCGGUGCGAACAGGACACGGACCCGUGCGCCUCGUCACCCUGCCUCCACGGCGGCGUGUGUACCAACGUGGCCGGUGACUACCGCUGCGACUGUCCGGUGCGUCUGUCGGGCCGGCGCUGCCAGUACGGCCUGCACUGCAACCCCAACCCGUGCCGCAACGGUGGCGCCUGCGAGGAGGGCGCGUUCGGACCGCUGUGCAAGUGUCGCGGCUUCACGGGGCCCCUGUGCACGGUGGACGUCAACGAGUGCCUGCAGAGUCCGUGCCGCAACGGCGCCACGUGCGUGAACGUGCCGGGCGCGUUCCGCUGCCUGUGCGCGGCCAACUGGACGGGCACGUACUGCGGCCUGACGGCGGCGGCGCCGGCCGCCCGGCUGCCCAUCACGCUCGAGCACAUCGUCGGCAUCGUGGCGUUCGUGCUGGCGCUGUUCCUGGUGGUGCUGCUGGUGGUGUGCUGGCGCCAGUCGCGGCGCAAGCGCAGCCGCACGCCGCGCCACCCGCUGGCCGGCAACCAGGACGCCUCGAACGAGAUCCUGCUGCAGAACAUCAAGCCAAAAAACCAGCGCGGCGAGUACAAGCGGAUGUCCAAGGUGUCCAACUUGGAGGCCAACAGCUCGGUGGCAGCGACUCUGCCGGUCCGUCCGGCAUCGUUCACCGGCGGAGCCAACAACCGGGCCUCCGAGCCGCAAUACUCGACGCUCAACAACCUGGACACCAUCCGCAGCUACGGGUCGGCAGCCGACGACCUGGACGGUCCACCACACAGCGCCUGCCAGUACUUGCAGAACUUCAACAAGCCCACGGCGAGUGUGGCGCCCUCUAUGGCGGCCACAGCCUCCGACAUGAGCGCCACCAACACUCUGGAGAAGUCCUACCGGGACAUGGACAAAAACAUCAAGCCCUCCUACUACGACAUGCACAAGAUACAGAACGACCUGACGGACCCGCAGCUGGCGGCGCUGAACAGGAUCCAGCUGCCGCCGCUGGACAAGCCGCGCCGUGAGGGCGGCGCCACCGCUCUCUCCUCCCCGGAAACACCAGAUUACCACUGGGACUGUUCGGACUGGGUUCGCACCAGUCAGAAUCCCCUGCCAAAUAUCACGGAGGUCACGGGGUCAGAGGUCAAGGACACGUCCAGUUACCAUAGCAACGAGAGCAACGAGAGCAACACUGCUGUUCGCGCCCCUGCCAGCGUGGCCAUGGCGGACGACGACGACGUGCUGGAGACGCUGAACGAAGACCAGACGUCCGACUACGUGGGCGAGGGCGACGGCGACGACAUCACCUCGGACCUGGACACGCUGCCCGAGCCGACCGACUUCGACCGCAUUCUGUCGGCUCACGGCAUCGAGCUGGGCGGCUCGGCGUCCGAGCUGUCGUCGGUGGCCGGCGGCGACCUGGCCUACGGCCUGGCGGCGCACCCCAACCUGUACCUGCCGGCGCACAGCGGCGCCGACACGGACGGCGAGGCGGACGGUCUGCUGCACCGGCUGGACAGGUACCGGUACCCGGCGCGCAACCGUCUGCCGCUGCAGCUGGGUACGUACGCCGAGCUGGAGUCGCUGACGGCCGGCAGUCAGAGCGAGGACGGCGGCCAGCUGUGUGACAUCGAGUCGGACGACGCCAGCUCGCGCAUCUGACGGC